AUGUCGUCUCACGAAAUCACCAUCUCCCCGUCACACGAUCGAGCGAAAGAGGCAUGUUUACAGAUGCCUGUCGAUAAGAAGGAAAGCCCCAAGGCGGACAAUGCGCAGCCCGGCAACGAGCACAAAACCGCGGGUCCGAGCCGAGCCAGGCACAAGAUGAACGGCAGUGGCGCCAAUGACGCCGCGCACAAUGCAGCAAAAAGAGCACGAUCGCAGACAUUGAAUGCCAAGAAGACCAAAAGAGUUCAAUCGGCUGGUCAUCGCGAAAAGAAUGACUCAGAGUCAGAGGACGAACUGUCCUCUCUUUCCGACUCGGACAGCUCAAGAAGCGACUCGGAUUCUGACGAUCCCGAGGCGGCGGCGACGCGAAAUAAAAGGUCCCGUGCUUCAAGGAAAACAAGGAGAAGGAGAAGGGUCAGGGACAGCACUCGCCACCGCGACAAGUCUCGUCAAGUUUCCGAUUCAGACACAGACUCGUCCACGGCGGGGGAUUCUGACCGCCGUCAGAAGUCCAUCCGCCACAAGGGUCGGCGCCAAGUCGAGGGCAAUGCGGCCCAAGACAGCCAUAUUUGCGACCAGCUGGAGCGACUAGAGCUUCGGCUGUUCCAGCUCCAAACCGCCGUGGCCUAUGGAGCAGCUGUUCCGAACAUGACCAUGUCUAACAGUGGCGUCGCCAGCGUUAUACCGCCAUUGGGGGCGCGUUUUUCUCAGUUGACCGGCAACAAUGGUAGCGUACCGGCGCUAUCCCCCUUGCAACCCCCGCCAGCUACGCUUCCCGCGUCGUCGCGCGAGCAAUCUGGGCGCUCGGGUCGGUCACAGAGAUGCGGCAAGAGCUCGCACCGAGAAGCAAGUUCAGGUGACGAAGUGGAUGCCGAACUUGAGACUCGUGCGAAAACUCCUAAAGAGACCAAGAAGAAAGGAAAGGCGGAUUUCAAGCGCGUGGACUGGGUAUGGGACUCCACUCGCUACACUUUCAAGCUUCAGAACACCGCCGCGACGACCGUGACUCGAUAUGACGACUUCAUUUUCCACGUUCGGCGGACGUUCGACAGCGAGGGCAAGUACCGCCAAACAUUCGUCGACAUCAAAAGCAAACUGUUGCGCGAAUGUCUGCAGGAUGUCAUCGGCAAUGUUCGCGGCGCAAGUCUGGUCGACGGAACGCCAAAACUGGACCCCAACCUGCUUUUCUUGUACUUGGAGGACUUUCGCACACACUUAAAGCACCUUAGAAAGGCAGAGGCUGCUGGUGAUGAUAAGAAAGAACGCCAGAAAAACCGUGCGCGGUUGGAGUGCAAGAUGGAGCACCUCAGGACGCUCAUCCGGUACCUCGACAAGGACUACGCCAAGGUGAAAGAGAGCCUCUAUCCCAUGCUCGAAAGUGGCGUCAUCACAUUUGACCUGCUUUGGGCAUUAUGGAAACCCAACACGAUUGUCUACGGCACCGCGUACGGGAACACGGAAGAUCCCAGGGCGUUCAAGGUCGGCAUGGCAUAUCGGCAGACUUCCCUCAUGAGGGGUGAGUUCUACCUCGUCGAGGGGAAAUAUCUUGACUUUGACGGCAAGAGGUUUGGCUACGGUUCUGUCACCCAAGAUAUCCCCGAGUUUCAGGGUGCCUGCAAGAUCACGAGCUUGCCGUGCUUUCCGCUUAAGUACCACAAGGACGAAGCCCUGAUCCGGGAAAAGCUGAUUGCCAGAGGCCGGAAAUUCGUCGCCCUCGACGGGGUGCACUUCAAAUCCUACUCCGGAAUUGCAUAUCAGAAACGUAAGAAGAACUCCGUCAUGAGGUUCAGCAUCCACCAAAGCCGCGUCAUGGUGGACCCGGCGAUCUUUCGACGCAUCAACCCCAACUACGCCAUUUCAACAGUGCGACCCAAGGAUCAUGACAUCCUCUCCGACGACGGCCUGUCGUCCGAUGAUUCGGAUGCGGCGGGCUGCCCGUGCGGUUCUGCAGAGGAAGACGAUUCUGGCUCAAGGACCGAGUACAUUUCCAGAGUCUUCAAGGAUCAGAGCGGAGGAAUCAUCGUGGCUAGGCUGCCCAAGUCGGAUGUUGAGGAAUCAGAGGAACAGGGCUUGGAGCCUGUGCCUUCGAAGCCAGAGGACAAAGACAGUGUCAAUACAUCAGCAGAACCGUCAGGCGCGGGUGAUGGAACGCCUCAGCCGUCGCCCAAAGGUACCUAUACGGAUGUGACGGCUUUCUCAGAAGACACUCUCCUCAUUGCCUCACCGGUCGUCCUUGGAUUUUCGUUUGCUGAGAAGCAAUGGCUCGAGCUUUCUGUCUCGGGAAUCGGCGAGAUCAAAUGGAACGACAAGGCGUGGGAUUCGUUGGUGCUCGAGACGGCAACCAAAGACCUCAUCAAAGCCCUGGUGCAGUCCAGGAAAUACCACGCAGCUCAGACGAUUGAUGAUGUGAUACAGGGGAAGGGAAAGGGACUCGUCACCGUACUACAUGGCCCGCCUGGUACCGGAAAGACGCUGACUGCCGAGGGCAUCAGCGAGCUCCUCCAAUGUCCACUCUACAUGGUAUCUGCUGGGGAGCUGGGAACCGACUCCCGCUUCUUGGAGACGGAACUGCAGCGAAUCCUGGACAUCUGCCAUGCCUGGGGGGCAAUACUGCUCCUAGAUGAGGCGGAUGUGUUCCUAGAAAAGCGCAAUAUGCAAGAUAUCCAUCGCAAUGCUCUAGUGAGCAUCUUCCUACGCCAGCUGGAGUAUUUCCAGGGCAUUCUGUUCCUGACGACGAACCGCGUCCAGACCUUUGACGAAGCGUUCCAGUCGAGAAUCCACAUAGCCCUGCGCUAUGACGCCCUUGACUACAAGGCCAAGAGGGCCAUUUUCCGAAUGUUCAUCGAUCGGAUCAAGGCGCUGGGUAAGAUCAAGCUGGAGGCCUUCACCGAGGACGACUUCAAUGCCCUGGCCAGACGCGAUCUCAAUGGGCGGGAGAUCAAAAACGUGGUGGGCUCGGCGCAGGAUUUGGCUGUCAAUAAGAGCGAGCCGCUCAGCAUGCGUCAUAUCCGCCAAGUGCUUGACGUCCACACCAAGUUUGGACAUGACCUCCAAGGAGGACCCGGCUACGAGGAUGCGAUGAGGAGCUUCAUGUGA